AUGGCGACACCGUGGCCUCAGCAGCCCGCAUGGCCAACACCAUUCCGCGAGCACGCUACACGACUCAGCACCUACCUUCAGGACGCGCUGACCUGCAUCGAUCGCACUCAAAGCCAGCCCGUACCGGCAGACCUUGUCAAGAUCAUUAUCCAUGGCACCCUGACAUUCAUACUGAAAGUGCAACACGCCCCCGACCUCAGCACGGUAUGCGACGCGCUUAGCAUCCUGCAAACCGAGGCCAAAGCGACCUCGGACAACACCGCGCGAAUGCUCGACGCCGUCAAACAAGAACUUAAGACCGAACUUAAAAAUACAACCGACACUGUCCACACAAUCGCUGCAAACGUACAACUGAACAUAAGAGCUGGAGAGGAAGCAAAGACAGCAGCCAAGGAGGCGGCAGAGGUAGGUAAAGCCAGCCUAGAGAUGGCAAGACGGAUCAAAAAUGCAGGACCACAGACAGGUGGCGCGCUCAGCUAUGCUGCGAUGGCAGCGAGGGGCGCGACGCUAGCAGGUACAUCGAAUACACAAGUUCCUAGAAUGCCUUCUUCUCAGACGCAGCGUGAAGUCGUCGUGACUAUUAGAGACCCCAAUACAGUAC